ACACAUUCAAAGCAAGCUGAAUUUCCAUGUCAAUCAACCUCCAGCUCUCCCGUAGGCUUGAGCGAAAAAUCGGCCUUGAAUACAACCCAUGGCUCGUUAAGCGGGCUUUUACCUGUCCACUCCAGGUGGGGCUGAAUGUGAAUUUUGAUAUUUCCACAUGUACUCCAGGUGCUCUUACGGAGUACGCCACAAAGAUUGAAGGGCUGUUACCCAUGGUGCCAUGGAUAAACCCCGCUAGGCAUCGACUUUGUGGUGUGGCGGCCCGCGUGGGAGGAGUUACAUGUAGGCAAGCGAGGAGUGUCUGCAAAGGGCUCUCUUUUUCUUGGAGUCUUACAGCACAGCUUUCAAUCUCACUGGCGACCCACUCAGCAUUCGCGAAAGACUGGCGCCGCGAAGUGUCAGUCACCAAAGUUCGUUGCACAAUCACUCGACUUCACUGUAAAAAAUUUUACCCCCAUUUGCGAACAUUCUCGAUAGAAUCAGGAAGUCUGAGGAAGAGAAUCGCACAUAAAUUGAAAGUCAGUAGAAACGACAUGCAGCAAAGACAUAACAAUGCUGAGCUUCGCAAGCCUCUAUCUAUUCCGAAUGUAUGGUGUGCUCGUGGCGUGUCCUUGAGCCGGCGACCAGUACUGUUGGCCUUGUGGAGACAUGCAUGAUUGUGCUUUCAGGAAGUUGUUUG